AUGAACCGUGUUAUCGUUUAUUCUCAUUUAUCAAAAUUAUCACAGCAUAUUAAAAAAAUUAUGCCGCAACUCAACAUUGUUAAUAUUAAUCCAGAUAAUAAUGAGUCACUGGAAUUAAAUAAUGUUGAAAUAAUGGUAACAGAUUGUUCAUUACUAUUGAAUAUUAGGAACAAAUUGAGUAAUAUUAAAUGGAUACAAUUUACAUCAGCUGGAGUUGAAGAAUUGCUCGGCUUAAGUGAUGAUAAAAAUAUUAAUUUUGUAGUCACCAGAUUCGUCGAUUCAGCUUAUGGUUUAGACAUGGCAGAGUAUGUUGUUAUGCAAAUUGUUGCUCAUGAAAGAAACCAAUGGAAAGAGUAUGAAGCCCAAAAAAAAAGUUUUUGGUCCAGUGAUUCGAUGUUUGGACAACGAAGGCUAUUGUCUGAUAUGACUAUUGGGAUUAUGGGUGUCGUUGCGAGGACUUUGAAACAUUUUAAUGCUAAAAUUUGGGGCUUAACUCGCACGAUUCCUACUACAAAAGAGCCUUAUAUUGACGAGUAUCGGACGACAAGUUCAUUGCCAGAAUUUUUAUCUAAUUGUCAUUAUAUUAUAAAUAUAAUGCCAGCUACUCCAGAGACUGAUGGGCUCUUGAAUGGUGAUAUGUUAAAAAAUUGUGAAGAAAAUAACGCAAUUUUUAUGAACGUUGGUAGAGGAAAUAUAAUUAAAGAGGAUGACUUGGUGAACGCUCUUGAAAAUAAAUGGAUAACUGCUGCAAUUCUAGACGUUUUUGAAGUCGAGCCUUUACCAUCAACCAGCAAACUUUGGACAAUGCCUCAGGUAAUAAUUUCGCCACAUAAUGCAUGCUUAGCAAGAGCUGAAAGUGUUGCAGAAUUGUUUUGUAAUAAUUAUAAUAAAUUCACCCAUGGUGAACCAUUACUUCACCUUUCAAUAUCAGCCGGAGUUGAACAGCUAAUUGAAUUACGUCAUGAAAAAAACAUUAACUUUGUAAUUACUAGGUUCGUUGAUGAGACGUAUGGUUUAGAUAUGGCUGAGUACAUUAUUAUGCAAAUCGUUGCUUUUGAAAGACGACAAAGAGAAGAAUAUGAAAAACUUAAAAGCGCGGUUUGGCCACAUAAUUCAAUGUUUGUUUCUCGGAGAUUAAUUUCUCAAAUGAAUAUUGGGAUUAUGGGUAUCGGCAACAUUGGAAAAGUCGUUGCGAGGAGUUUGAAACAUUUCAAUGCAAAAAUUUGGGGCUUAACUCGCACGAUUCCAACUACAAAAGAGCCUUACAUUGACGAGUAUCGGACGACAAAUUCAUUACCAGAAUUUCUAUCUAAUUGUCAUUAUAUUAUAAAUAUAAUGCCAGCCACUCCAGAGACUAAUGGGCUGUUGAAUGGCGACAUGUUAAAAAAUUGUAAAGAAAAUAAUGCAAUUUUUAUGAACGUUGGUAGAGGAAAUAUAAUUAAAGAAGAUGACUUGGUGAACGCUCUUGAAAAUAAAUGGAUAACUGCUGCAAUUCUAGACGUUUUUGAAGUCGAGCCUUUACCAUCAACCAGCAAACUUUGGACAAUGCCUCAGGUGAUAAUAACACCACACAAUGCGUGUACUGUAAGAGCAGAUGGUAUUGCAAACUUAUUCAAAAGUAAUUACGAAAAAUACAUGAAAGGUGAAACAUUACCAAAUGUAUUGAAUAUUCAACGUGGAUAUUGA